AUGUCGAUCAACAGCGGACUCUUCGAUGGGUCGCUGCCGUUCCCAAGAAGCCCUCGAAAUGGCUCUCUUCACACUCCGCCGUCGAUAUCCUCAAACUCACGCGCAAACAGCUUGUGGGAGGGCGAUGCCGAUGAAGUUCACUCCAAGAAGCAUGCCGUGAUGGUAUCUUACCUUCACGGCAGGAUAGCUUCUCAGAUGUGGUUUGAUGUCAACAAAGAGUUCCUCUAUACACCUGCUGGUUCUGGCUGCUCGAACUCGCCAAUCUCGAGUUAUGACCGGACAUCAGUUCAGGGUGUCCUCCUGAGGACCUCGCGCGGGGUCUACGUGACACAGCCAUCAAACCUGUGCCAUAACCUUAUUGCUGCGGUGCAGAGGUUGAAUGUGGAGGUCGCCUUCACCAUGUCGACUGAGCUCACGAAUUUGAUAUUCUCAACAAUUACACCAAACCAGACUGAGUUCAUCCUGCCACAUGAUAGCACGCAGUAUCAGAUUUUGGACUCGUUUGAGGAUAUGGCCAAGGCUUCGUCGAACAAGCUCAAGCGUUUCCAGUAUACCUGUUUCGUCAGGAAAGAAAGGGUUGUUCUGUUGUGGCAUGACGACGUCGAGUCCAUCUUGAGCCAUGGAGACAAGGUUGAGAGACAGCUGCUCACAGUCGUAAGUAGAACUUCCAACUCAGCCUGGUACCUAUACUGA